AGGGAGAGAGCGAGAGGGGGGAGAAAGGGGGAGAGGGAGGCGGUUCAGUCCCGCUGUGGUGUCGGCCGCAGGGAGCAGCAGAUCAGCGCAUUGUGCAGGACCGGGCACGACAUAGCUCAACCUUCAGCGGAACAAAUGACAAGGAAAACUCUUUGAUGUGGAGUAAUUCACGGGGGACGUACGCCAUCGAAGCGAGAAGCGCUCUAAUAGCCACAGCGGACCACGUUCGCUGACUGUACAACAACGCCUUUGAAUGGUCCCCCGUUUGCUCCGCCGCUAAGUUGCAGUUAAAACCAGUCACCCCUUUUUAGGAGAGGCAGACAGCGCAUUAGCAGGGAUUAGAAAUGGCUCUGUGUGUGCUGGCUUAAAGAAACAACCCAUAAUGCACAUAAAAGCCAUCGACUUGGCGACCACACCUACUUCCUGUCUCUAGAGGAAGAGGCUGUGCCACGAUGUCUUCUCAUCCCCAGUCUGUGCCACCGGGCCGGAGGACGAUGGACACACGGCACCUGCCGAACCCUGCCACCCUACCGUUGCAGCUCCAGCGGGCACACACAGAAGUUGGAAUGGUGGACUACCACUCUCAUCAUGCCAGAGACUACAGCUCACACUUGGCUCAGCCUCAUCGCCGUCGGCCCUCCUUACUUUCCGAGUUCCAACCUGGAAAUGAGAGAGGACAAGAGCAGCAUAUCCGCUAUGAGCACAUCUACUUGCCGGAGCCGAGCAGUCAUUCAGAGAUGGAGUUCAGAGAGAUCAAACGGCCUCGUUUGGAGAUGGGACCAGAUUCUCUGAUAAGACCCUCAUCCCAUCGUCCUCAGUUGCCUGUCGGAGGACCUGAGGAUUUUGCCAAGGAUCGUGGAAAUGCCAUGGGGAAGCUUGAGCCAAUCUCCCCUGUGAGCCCUGUACACAUGGACCCUGAUUUGGAUCUGGUGCCAGCCCGUUUUUCCAAGGAAGAACUUAUCCAGAACAUGGACCGGGUCGACAGGGAGAUCACUAUGGUAGAACAGCAGAUCUGCAAGCUUCGCAAAAAACAGCAACAGCUGGAGGAGGAGGCUGCCAAACCUCACGAGCCUGAGCGGCCUAUUUCCCCUCCACCCAGUGAGGCCAAGCACCGCAGCUUGGUACAGAUCAUCUACGAUGAGAACAGGAAAAAGGCAGAAGAGGCACACAGAAUAUUGGAGGGACUUGGACCUAGGGUAGAACUGCCACUGUACAAUCAGCCUUCUGAUACCAAGCAGUACCAUGAGAACAUCAAAAUAAACCAAGCAAUGAGAAAAAAACUCAUCUUAUACUUCAAGAGAAGAAAUCAUGCUCGUAAGCAAUGGGAGCAGAAAUUCUGCCAGCGUUAUGAUCAACUGAUGGAAGCCUGGGAGAAAAAGGUGGAGCGCAUUGAAAACAAUCCUCGGCGCCGAGCCAAGGAGAGCAAGGUACGGGAAUACUACGAGAAACAGUUCCCCGAGAUUCGGAAACAGAGGGAGAUGCAGGAACGAAUUCAGAGCCGUGUUGGGCAGCGAGGCGGCGGAUUGAGCUCUUCUGCAGCUCGCAGUGAGCAUGAGGUCUCCGAGAUCAUUGACGGAAUAUCAGAACAUGAGAACACUGAAAAGCAAAUGCGACAGCUGGCAGUCAUCCCUCCGAUGCUGUUUGAUGCUGAGCAGCAACGCAUCAAGUUCAUCAACAUGAAUGGAUUGAUGGAUGACCCCAUGAAGGUGUACAAGGACCGCCAGGUCAUGAACAUGUGGAGUGAGCAAGAGAAGGACACUUUCAGAGAGAAAUUCAUCCAACACCCUAAAAACUUUGGUCUCAUCGCAUCUUUUCUCGAAAGAAAGACGGUGGCAGAAUGUGUGCUCUUUUAUUAUCUGACCAAAAAGAAUGAGAACUAUAAGAACAUCGUGCGAAGAAACUACAGGCGGCGAGGAAGAAGCCAGCAUGGCGGGCAGCAGCAGCAGCAGCAACAGCAACAGCAGCAGCAGCAAGUCAACCGAAACAGUCAGGAAGACAAAGAAAAGGAGGAGAAAGACAAGGAAGGAGAGAAGGAGGAGGACAAAACAGAAGCUGAAGACAAGGAGGAUGGAAUGAAAGAUGAAACUUCUGGGGAAGACGCAGAGGACAAAGAGCCUGCAGUGGCUGUCAAGGGUCGACGCACAGCCAACAGCCAGGGGCGCCGUAAGGGCCGAAUCACUCGCUCGAUGACCAGUGAGGUGGAGGAGACCACCACACCGCCUGCCAACAAUGAGCUCGCCAAUCUAGAAAUGAAUGAGAGUUCUCGCUGGACUGAAGAAGAGAUGGAAACUGCCAAAAAAGGUCUUCUUCAGUAUGGUAGGAACUGGUCUGCCAUUGCCAAGAUGGUGGGAUCAAAAACUGUGUCACAAUGUAAAAACUUUUAUUUCAACUACAAGAAGAGGCAAAAACUGGAUGAGAUUUUGCAGCAACAUAAAAUGAAAUCGGAGAAGGAACGAAAGGCUCGCCGCAAGGGCAAAACCCCUCAAAAUGAAGAGGCCACUGCCCAGUUCACUGCAGAGGAAGAAGAGUUGGAAGGCUCAGGGGCUAGUGGUAAUGAAGAAGAAGCACCUGAAGAUGGAGAAGGUGGUGCCAACAACAGCUCGGACACAGAGAGUUUGCCAUCACCACAUUCAGCUGAUGAUACCAAGGCCAAGGAAGAGACUUCUAAUAAGUCCAAGGCUAGCUGUAAUACUGGGGAUAAAGAGACAGCUGGAACUGGCACGGAGCAGGCUGGAGAUGUGAAACCUCCUCUAAAAGAAGAUGGAGAGGUCUCCAUCAAGCAGGAAAUAAAGACUGAAACAGGGGAGACAAACAAGGAGCUGACCCAACCAUCACCAAGCAACGAUGCCACAGACAAAAAGCCUUCAACAACAGAGGCUGACGAUGUCAAGAAGAGCUCGAAGAAGGAGCAUGGGGUUAAAGUAGGCUCCCAUGGGGACAGCGAUUCCAGUGCCACUUGCAGUGCUGAUGAAGUGGAAGAGACAGACAACACAGAAAAGAACAGAAUGACUUCUCCCCGUCCAAGCCUUCUAAACUACACUCAUGAUGGGGUCAUAUCCUCCGCUCUGCAGAAGCCUAUGGACCUUAAACAGCUCAAACAGCGGGCUGCUGCCAUACCACCCAUUUUCCCAGAAGCAUCAAUCCAAGGCAAUCAGCGGAGUGGGGGUACCAAGGCUCUUUUGCCCCCCCAUGCUUUGGCACUGUACCAGCAGCAGAUCACCAUGGCUCAUGGGGAGUCGUCUCAGGAGGUCAAACAACAGCAGCAGCAGCUUUCAGGGCAGCCAAGCAAACAGCAGCCUUAUCCCCAACAAACAGAAAGAGACAGGGAGGCUCCUCAUAGCAGCAGCCCUCACAUCCGCCCACGCAGCCCUUCCGGUGGUGACAAGGAUGAAAAGUUGCAGGCUUUUUCAUCACAUGGUGAAAUCAAGAGGCCCGCACUGGGCCCGGAUGACUUAAGGUCCACUAAUUUGGGUCGACCAGUUUUGUCCCCGUUCCCCAUGUCCCCACGAGACAUGGCCAAGAUCAGUCACGACCAGCACCUGCUCCAAUUCAACUCAUUCCAGCAAGUGGGCCACCCAGUACUUCCUGGUUUGCAACAGGAUAGUGCCAGGCAAGCAGCAGUGAGACCCCUCAUUAUACCAGAGCCACCACCUCUUAUUUCCUCAACCAAACCUGGAGGCUCUAUCACACAGGGGACUCCUGUACAGUUGCACAGCCCAGCUCAUGGGUUCGAACAUGGAAAGAUGCCUUCUACUCAGAUGAGCUUAUCUUGGAUUGAUCAGAGGAAAGUUGGUGGUCCAUUUCCUGUCGUCAAGCAAGAACAGUUGUCACCUCGCAGCUCUUCCUUGCAAGCUGACAACCCAUCUAUCCAAGGCACACCUCAUGACGGUGGUAGAGCUGUCCAGGGAGGUAGUAUCACAAAAGGUAUCCCGGGGACCAGAAUGCAUCCAGAUUCCUCCAUCUCCUACAGAGGCGGCUCCAUCACUCAGGGGACACCGGCUGAUGUACUGUAUAAGGGAACUAUAACCCGUCUGAUCACAGAGGACAGUGCGAGCCGUGCUGACAGGGAGCGGGAUGACGCACUGUCAAAAGGUCAUGUGGUCUAUGAGGGAAUAAGUGGUCACAUCCUCACAUAUGACCGUCCAGUUUCUCAAACCUCUAAAGACGAGGGUAGAGGGUCAGGCCAACCUGGCGAAAUUCUUGGAGUCAAGCGUCCUUAUGAUGUGAUGGAGGGCGGCAUCUCACGGGGUCUGCCUAUGAGGGAUUCACUCUCGGCGUCCAACUGUGACGGUCUUAUUGGUCGAGCCAUGCCUCAUGACAGGGAUAGUCCACACCACGCACCCUAUAAAGAUGCUCACCACAUCCGCGGUUCCAUCUCACAAGGUAUACCACGUCAUCUGGACCCUCAGGAUAGCUACUUGAGAAGGGAGGCCAAGCAAAUGAAAAGAGAAAACUCUCCACCACGUGGGGCCAGUCUACUGUCGGACCCAAUGAAGGGCAGGGAGGCUAUGGUGCCCACAGUGAAGGAGGCUGGACGCUCCAUCCACCUCAUUCCUAGGGAGGAGCUCAGGCAGUCAGCCAAGGAAGGCAUUAUAACACAGGGAGCACCCAUGAAGCAGGAAGCUGCUGGCUCAGGUAAACGACAUGAUGUUCGCUCCAUCAUAGCCAGUUCACCACGUUCCUACCAUAACACGCCCCCUCACCUGGAGAUGCGGACAGAAAGGGGACGCUAUGAAGAGGCACCAAAGGGACGCCCCAGUGCAGUGGUCAGCACCGCUAGCUCAAUAGCACGCUCUUCUCCCCUCACACUAACUUCGGAGCAGGGAGGUAAAUCCCACCAUAGCCCAGUGGGCUACGAGGAGAAAGGCACCUUAAGAAACCCUUACCCUGGACCAUCACAUCGUAGCUCACCUCUUACAAGGGAGACAAGUCAAAGGCAACAUGAUGGCUGCAAUAAGAAAGAACCUCAGGAGCGUAAAGCCACACCGACCCCAAGGGAGAUGACUUCUACCAAAUCCCCUCUCCCAGGGGUUCCUGACCAACAGACCUAUGAGCGUCUGUUGCAAGGCCUUGGGGCUGCUGAUGUUUACAGACAAAUUCCUUUAGCCUUUGAUCCAGCAGCUCUGCCUCGUGGCAUCCCCAUUGACCCAGCCUACUACUUGCCUCGCCAUCUGGCCCCCAACCCGGCAUACCCUCAUCCCUAUCCCUACCUCAUCCGGGGCUUUCCAGACACAGCGGCCCUUGAGAACCGUCAGACGUUGCUCAAUGACUACAUUACUUCCCAGCAAAUGCACCAGUGGCCUGCAGCAGCUGCUAUGGCUGCCCAGCGCUCAGACAUGCUAAGGGGCCUUACACCACGAGAUCAGCCCCUUUCCCUGCCUUACUCUGCUGCCCCUCGUGGAAUCAUUGAUCUUUCUCAGGUGCCGCACUUACCUGUCCUGAUCCCUCCCUCUGCAGGGACAGCCAGCUCCCCAAUGGAUCGUAUCACCUACAUCCCUGGAGGAAGCACCGCCUUCCCUGGCAGGCCUUACACCACUCCCCCAAUCUCACCCGUCGGCUCAUCGCACAUGAACAAGAUGCAAGGCACCUCCUCCUCAUCAGAACGCGAGCGCGAAAGAGAACGUGAUCGUGACAGGGAUCGGGAGAGAGAGCGCGAGCGUGAACGAGAACGGGAGAGAGAACGAGAGAGAGAUCGCGAAAGGGAUCGUGACAGAGAUAGAGAUCGAGACAGAGAGAAGGGUGGAGCAAAUGUGGAGCAUGCCCCCAUUUGGCGACCAGGUACAGAGCACAGCUUAGCAAGUAGUAGCAUUGUGAGACCUUCUUCCCAGCCAUACAGUCACCAGCAUUCCCCAGUGUCCCCUCGCACCCAAGAGAAUGUGCAGCAAAGGCCAAGCGUCUUGCACAACACUGGAAGCAAGAAUCUUUCUGCCGAACACUCCAGUUCCUCCGUGUUACGAUCCAUACCCUCGGGACCCUCCCGAUACCAAGGUUACCAUGGUCAUCUUCAAAGGACUGGCUUGCCCCCUGAGGCCUACGCAGCCACACUAGACUCGAGCAUCGCCAAAGAACAGAGUCGUGAUGGCAAAAGCAGGGGACUACUAAAGCAAGUCCAAGACCAUCACGGGCCCGCUAGCAAGUCAGACCCCAAGCUUUCCAGCCCUAGUCAGGGAGGAAUAUACCCAGGUCCUUAUUCCUCGAUUUCGGGACGACCACCGCACCUGCAAUUGGAUAACCCUACCGGCCGUGGGGAAGGUGGUACACCUAGUAGGGAAAAGUCUCAAAACAAACCGAUGUCCAUUCAGGAACAAGAACUCAGAGCACUCGCUCAACAGAAGAUGGAGUCACAUGUUCUGUACCGUCCUCCAUCUGAGGAGAGGCUGUCCCCAGGUCAGAAGCCACCUUCUCCUUGUGUCAAAGGUAGCCAAAGGGUCGUCACCCUGGCUCAGCACAUCAGUGAGGUGAUAACAAAAGAUUACAGGCAGAGUCAGCAGCAGCAUCAACAAGGUUACCAUGGCUCGCCCAUCCUGGACUUGACCCGUCCUCCCAGUGCCUCGCAGCCCCCGCUCACUUCCCAGGAGUCUCCCCAAGUGACCCGCUAUCCCGAAGGCCUUGGGGGGGAUUGUAACAGAGACCGGUCUCCUCUUCAGUCCAAGUCUUCUCCAAUCAGUGUUUCUAAUGACUGUAUUGAACCGGUAUCUCCUGCUGGCGGUAACUCUGAGCCGGAAAUCCAGGGAGGAGUGUCCUAUCCUAAUGAACAAGGAGAGCAAGCAAUGGCCUCCCGUUCACCACCCAACACCUCUCAGCCUCCAGCUUUCUUCAGUAAGCUGACUGAGAACACCUCCGCGAUUGUGAAAUCAAAGAAGCAGGAGAUGAUCAAGAAGAUGACUGUCGUAGGAAAUGACAAUGAUUUUAAUGCAGGUCAGCCUGGAACUGAAAUCUUCAAUAUGCCGGCAUCCACAACAGCAGGAUCCGUGAGUGUCCGCAGCUACACAGCUCCAGAGACACCUGGUAGCUCCAUAGGUCUGGAGGCCAUUAUAAGAAAGGCCCUAAUGGGAAAAUACGAUGACCAGCCCGAGGAACGCUCCCAGGCCAAUGCUGCUAACCCAUUCACGUCGGUUGCAAUGAGUGGAAAUGAUGGACGACCUGAGGAGACUUUCUCACAAGGUGGUGGGAAGCUCUCAAAGAGUGGUGGGCGCUCUAAUGGGCGCAAGGCCAAGUCUCCAGGACCCGGUCUGUCAGGGGGUGAAAGGCCGUCCUCCGUGUCCUCAGUCCACUCAGAAGGAGACUGUAACAGAAGAACGCCACUGACCAACCGAGUCUGGGAAGACCGACCCUCCUCCACAGGUUCAACGCCAACUCCCUUCCCGUGCAACCCAUUGAUUAUGCGUUUCCCCGGCGGGACGGUUUCAGUUCCCUCCCCUUCAUCCGGGCAGCCGGUCGGCCACGUGCCCACUCAGGGACAGGGACGCACCUGGGAGGAGGAGCCCAAGCCGCUGCUCAUGUCUCAGUACGAGUCCCUGUCUGACAGCGAGUGACCCCGCAUUGCCAGCAUACGCGCAGAUGCAUCUCGGCAAAACCGUCCCACACCAUUCCACUCUGCAGUCCACAUGCCCACUCCAGGAUUCUCGGAAGGACGACUCUUCAAAGCAUGUUGCAUCUCUUCAUUGGCCUUAGCAACUCGGGCGCAUUAACCUUCGCCGCACUCAAGUGCUUACACUCUCGUUGAUGGAUGGGAUUCUUGGUUACUGCAGUUGGUUCCCAAAUGUGAUGGCUGCCGCUCCUGCCUUAAAGCGCAGCAGCCCAACUUGGAAGAGCCCCUCUUAACAUUUCUUUAGUGUCUACACUGCUAGGGAUGGCACAAAAGUAUUUUUUUUCUUUGUUCCUGGUUAUUUUUCUUCUUUAAACUGAGUCCAGCCUUUUGUUUGGAAAACGAUUGCAGCGUUUUAAAGUACGUUUUGAUGGUGAACGUUCUAUGAUUAUACUGUAUGUGCGGUCCUCGAUCUGCAAUGAGGGAUGCUUUUCGGGCGGGGAGGGAUUUGAGCACAGGAGGGUCAUAUCAUUGGUUUACAGGGUAAACAUGCUGUUCGUUGCUGAUGUCGUCAUACGUUUGCGAAGGUCCAGAGGAACGGCCGAGGCCUGCUGAUGUCAGGUGUCCCAUGAGACGUUCAGCCGCAUGAUGGCACUCAGACUAGUGACACUUUCUCGCUGUUUUUAUAUUAACCGAAUCUGUGUUUGUUGAAAUGUUUUUUGGAUAUUAAGCACUUAGUUGAUGGUCUGUUCACAAUGGCGCAGUGGAGAAUCCGCUGACAAAUGGACCCGAGAACCGCAAUGGCAUCCUGUGGUGGAAAGUGUCCCCGUGCUUCACCUGUUUAACGUUGUGCUCACCACCAGUGAUUUCAAAUAACACAAGCGACAAUCACGCGAGUGAAGGAGAAGUCGAGCUGUUCCUUCACAUUGACAAGGUGUACCUCAGUCCUUUGCAUUGUCUUCAGCUGGCCUGCCAGGAUCUCAUCUUUGAGCUUUUGUGACAGUUUGACCAUUGACCUUGUACUGCAUAGGGGAAGACAAUUUAUCUUCUCUUCUGUGCGGCUUUUGUACAUUAUAAUAUAUUCUUAGUGUUAAGUGCCAUUUAUUUUAAACGCACAGUACCGAAGUUACCAAGUGACGCACAAUUUUAUUUUUUUGGGCCCCUCCCUUGCCAGGGAUUCUACUGUCCAUACUGGGAAUUGUAUUAGCAGAGAAGCAAAUGAAAUGUCUUAGUGCAUCUGUCAGUCACACAUUACACUCGCCAAGCUUCGAAACCACACAUAGAAGCAAUCAGUCCUGCAGUCCAUGUUUUCUCCAUGGUAACAACUGUGACGGUCAACUUCACUGCGCCUGCAUUUAGCGGGAUUCCAGAGGGAAAGGAUGACAAAAGAAGUGGCAUGUGUUAAGUCCAAGGUUGGAUGCCAUUAUCUGCUAGUAUGGAGUUUGAUGGUGAAGCAUGUCACGCCUGCACAAUGCUCAUCUCGGCCAUCUUUAAGGUGGGAGUGGGGUGUUUUUUUUUCCCCCAUGUGAAGACAAAUGGAGGUCAUGUAAUUUUGCCACAUGUUAAACAAUAUAUCAGUCUCCACAUUUUGGUCAUAAUGAAGUUUAAGGAUGUGACCGUAAACAGACUAAGCCAUAUCUAGAUGUUGCUUCAACGGAUGACAGACUAAUCCAUUGAUUUUUCCAUUGAUACUAAAUUGAAGUUUAACGUGUUUUUAUUUUGCCUUUGUUCACAGUUUUGUCCAACUACCGUUUCUUUACGUCUCAAAAUAUCUGAUGUAGUUCUUGGAGGGAGUGCAGGGCUGUGGGGAAAUUAUAACAUUGUUCAAGCAUUUUGUUCAUAAUGUUUUUUAUAUAAUUAUAACCCACUGUAUAAUAGCAAGGAUUGUAUAUAAAACUUAAUAGAUGUAAAUAUUUAUGUGGCUUGCUUCUAGGUUGGUCUUAGAAAAGAAAAAAAAAACACCGGGUUAAAUUCUACAUGCCCACCAGCAAGCUUUGUGGAUAGCAGUGUACACACGGAAACGAAUAAGACACUGCCUUAAUGUUUAAAUAAAAAGCUUAUUGCCA